AUGAUGACAGCGAAAGGCGGCAGCGGCGAUGAGGAAGCAGUGCACCAAGCAGGGGGAAUGCUGGCAAAAGUGAUGCGGACGCCGCCUCGAACGCCGGCGUCGCGUCCUUCACCGUCGAUGAAGGCGUGCCUGACACCACUGAGAGCAACAAGCGCUGUGGCACUGGCAAGCGUUCCCGAGGACAAGCUGACGGCAUGGGAACACGCUGGGUUCUCUGGCUUCCAGAUUCGCAGCGUCGUGAAGCACCAGCACAACGACGCCAUCGGGUUGGUGCUGGCAUCUGCCUUUGUGCCAGCGCUGCAAGAUCUGGUGGUGGAAGUUGUGCGCUGUCGCCGAUGCACGCUGGCUUCAUCUGCUGGCUUCGAACAAGGAGAAGUGCUGCUGACAAUGAAUGGGCAAGACCUGAUCGGCAUGGUGCCACACGACGUAUUCGAGUUGACGAAGCAACUCACUUGCAACAAGCUGACCUUCGUCACCGCGUGUCUCCGUGAGAGCAGCAGAUCCACGCAGAAGCUGCUCAAGAUCAGCAUCGUUGCCGCCAACACCACCGCCAUCGUCAAGUUCAUCGUCAUCGUCGUUGUCAUCGCUGUGCACCAGCGCCGAGCGGCGCGGACCAAACCGUGGCCAGCGCGCUCACGGUCACGGUUGUGCCGAGAACGAUGA